AUGGUACCAGAGCCCCCAUCCAUUUCUCUCUCUGUCGAUUCUCUGGAGGAUCUACCGGCGUGUUUCUUAGACCUGGGAUGGUAUCGCCUUACCGCAGAGCAGGGGCAGAUCAUACGAGAACAGUACAUGAAAUGCUACAGAGAACAUGGAGCAGAUCUAGUGAUAGCUCCAUAUAUUGAAAGCGAUACUAAUAUCCGCAGACUAGGCAUUGCUCUCCGAAAGCGGUUUAGUUCGAAAACUCAACCAGAGCUCGUCAUAUCUGCUCUGCUCCACUUUGGACCAAAUCUAGAGGUUGUUCCGCAGUUACUUUAUCCAGAUAAUUACGGUCCUCCACCCGUAACUGUCGAUUCUCCUCCAUCAUCUAUAUCUCUACAUCUUUCCAAUCCUGAGCGCUUUCUUAGCAUGAAGUACUUUCCAUUUGCUGAAGAGCCGGAUGCAUCUACGGAUUGCUCCAGACUUCUGAAUCACCUUAAUGAAGACUUCUCUGAUGUCUUUCCAGCGGUCUAUUUGGAUUGCCAAUGGAAGUUUGACCCUGCCCUCUCUGCCGAUUCACCUCUAAGCCGAGCAGCACUGUACAACGCAUUUUACAUCUGUUACUUGCAGGCAGCACAUCAAAUAGCUAAUACUCUGUGUGCUCUGCGUGAUUCUGUUGCGGACAACAAGACUCUGGUCAAUUAUGCCAUUCGAUGCGCAGGAGUGAUGAACUCAUCACUAUCAGCUAUAUAUGCAGACAUAGACCGCUAUGCACAGGGUGGUGCUGUCUCUGCAGCAAUUGAAUGCUAUGAGGAGUACCUGGAGACUCCACUGGCUGUCUCCUAUCGCAGCUACCAUUCCUCCUUGGCGCUUCUUGAGCACAUCCUCCACAAGCCAUCCACCACUGAGGCAGACCCAACUGCUGCAAUCGCGUUUCUGAUCAGCGCAGCAACAGCAUCGUACAAAACGUUUACUCAGAAGCAAUACUCGGAGUAA